UAUUGAAAGAUCUAGAUAAGAUUGCCUGAGGAAUGUAACCUUCCCAGAACCGCCUGGCGCGUCGCGUGACUCCGCGUCUCGGGUCGUGUCAGAAAUCCGAUUCUCCAUUCCCAACCACAUCAUUAUCGGCAUUUGGCAUUUGGUAUCUGUGAGGCUGGGGUUCUCUUUAUGGAGUAGUAGUAUAUCUGUUGUUUAUUGCUUUUACUUGACCGACCUACGCGGACCGUGCAGUUACGGAACACAGACGACAUAACACGACACGACACGACCAUGUUCGCAACGCAGCCAUCAGCACAACCCCAACUCCCGUUUACUCCGUGUACAACUCGUUAUCACAAUUACACUCCCGCGCGUUCAUCGCCGUUAUCACCAUCUUCAAAUAGGAAGAUGUCUUCAUCACAACCACAAUUCUUCAACUUCGCCACACAACAACACCAACAGUCCUCACCACCACCAACCCCCCAAUCCCACUUCCAAUUCCAAACCCAACAAACCACCCCUCUCACUCCCCCAGCCUCCGAUACAAAACAAUCAACCUACGCCCACCGCUACACAACCCAAACCGCGAACCCCUUCUCCUCAGUCCCGACCUCGCGCCGCACAACCGGGACCUCUCCCGCCGCGCGCGCCCAACGGCGCAAUCUCUUCCUGAACAGGAUCAGAAAAGAUCGCGAUGCGGGGCGGUUCGAGGCGCGCGGGGAGCAGUUGGUGCUUAUGGAGGAUGUGAAGGAGGAGAGGCAGUGGAGGGAGUCGAUGGGGAGGAGGGCGGAGAGGAUUAUGAGGGAGUUUGGGAUUGAUGGGGAUGGUGAUGGUGAUGCAGAGGGGGUUGUUGGGUUAACUGAGGAUGAAACUGCCCAGUUGGAUGAGUUUUUGUCGCAGGAGCAGGAGAUGGAGAUGGCGGAUAUGGAGUUGUUGCAUUCGUUGGAACAUGAGCAGCAGCAGCAACAACAGCUAAACGGGGGGACGAACUCGUUUAGCGACGAGGAAUAUGACGAUAUCUUCAUGGACCUCCCUGAGCCAAGCCUACAAGACCAGGGGAUGGACAUGUCAAGCGGAUAAACUCUCUGGUCUACGAUAUUGCAUAAGCGGCGUUGGUGGCUUGGUUACAUUGGAUUUGGAUAGGAUAAUAAGCCAUGUAAAUAGGGUAUCGACCGGUGUA